AUGACUGUUUUGGACGCUCAACCUAGAUUACAAUCAGGAAUGGUUGACAUGACUGGUCCGCCGUUUGGUAAUUAUGACCAAUGCAUGGGUAUAGAGGGUCCCGAAGAAGACGAUAAGCCCAUAAUCCGUGGCCAGUAUUGCGGUAUUGAUCUGAGAGAUAAUGUGAUGUUGAAGUCCUUUCCGAGAGAAUACUUCGAGAAGUUAAGUGAAAAUCUGCCAAAAACUGAUACAUUUAACUACAAGAAUGCCUUCAAUCAGUUCUUUGAGAACUAUCGUCGAGUCUUCUAUCGGAUGACCACCGAUGAUAUGAUGGAUGCCAUGGAGUUUAUCGACAAUCAACUCUUUAAUAAUAUGAAAUUAAUAAACGGUUUCUGUUUGCCCACCACUUGUCAACCCCGGGAUGUGUCCAACGCUCUCAAUCAAAUCAUGUAUCCAAUCAUUCGCAUACCAAUCAUUUUGGACGACGAUUGUGAUUACGCGGAUAAACCAAUUAUACUUAAUAAGUAUCAACAGAUUUCAGUAAUAGGAAUAUCAUCAUUGGUAGUGCUGUUUGUGUUGAGCAAUAUAAUCAUGUGCUGCUCUCCCGACUCAUACAUCAGGCGUUUAAUCAAAGGUACUUUCAUCGAGUUUAUAGCGAGAUGUUAUUGGGCCAAAACCAGUGCCGCAUCCAUGUUCAGUUUAACGCAGCAUGGUAAAUUCAAGGCUUUGGACGGCUACCGGGCCUGUUUGACAAUUUGGGUGGUCAUACUUCACACCUACGAGUUUGGAAACAUUGUUGUAAACAAUAAAAACUACUUUCUCGGCUCAUCCCAUAAGAUGAUCCACGACUAUAGGAAUAUGAUUUUUCCUAAUAUUUUGCUCAUGGACAAUUUUAUGAUCAUUACAGUGUUUGACAAUAACAUGUUACAUAAUUUCUUAAUGUACUCAUCGAUGGACUUCCAACUAUACGCUAUGGCACCCAUAGCUUUUAUACUGUUGUAUCGGUUCGGCAGUAAAGGAGUGUAUAUGGUAAUCGGCCUCUUAUUUGUAGCAAUCGGACUACCUGUGUUUUACAAAUUUGUGCUUGGUCAUUUACAUGUGUACGAGAUAACGAGCCAUCCAAACCUCCGAGAAAUCAUGUUGGGCUGGAGUACACACUAUUGGGGCCCGAUCAAUUACAUUCAGACAUUCAUUAUAGGCAUGCUAUUGGCCUGCGCUGUACGCUAUCGACCCAACGUAUAUCUCGGCGGCACUAUUGUAUUCGGGCAUAAUCUGUCGUGGUUUGCAUGGCUUAUAUACGCCACGUCCACCGGAAGGGGAGGUUAUUUUUCUGAAAUACUCGGUUGGAAAGGGUUUAAAAUAGUAGAUAACAUGUCGCUCGAAAUCUAUAUUAUGCACGCGUUUGUGUUUGUCUAUAGGAUUGGUGUGCAAAGAGAGCACCGGACAUACAAUGAAUAUUAUAUUUGGUCGUCAGCGAUGGCAGACUUCGUGUUUAGUUAUGUGAUUGGAGUGAUCACCGGUUUUCUGGUGAGCCGUCCGUUUGCGGCGAUGACCACAGCAUUGCUUCGUCCGCCACAACGCGUCCCCAAAGCAGUGGUCAAUGAGGAGGGAUUGGACGCCAAGAAUACCCAUAAUAAAGAUAUUUUGGCCGAAAUUAUUGGAAAUGUAAAGAUGUUGAACAUUGAUCUUUAUAUCAAGAUCAAUUCGUUCACAUUUUCCGAGAGUAUCGUCAAAUUCAAGCGUUUGGAUCAGUUCCAGAAGAAUGUGACCAAAAAACUGGACCCAAUCAUGAAACGGGUGGCGCCGCGACUCUCGGAGUUUCUCUUCUACAUUGAUCUGCCGUCAGAUUGUAUGACAGCAUUGGCUCGUGUGGGACAAGCCAUCCGAGCGCAGGAGACCUGGGCUUUCAGA